CAAAGAUAGACGACCUAUCCGUCCUCUUUUUUUCUCUUUUUCUUUCUCUUCCUUCUUUCCUGUCCUUGGCACUUGUCCGCAUUCCUCUCCUCUUCUUCCCUUCCCUCUUUCUUCUUCCUCUUCUCCACGGACCAUCUUCUCUCUCUUUUUCUCUUCUCUUUCUCUCCUCACCCUAUUGCAAAACAGACCAGGAAAUAAUGCCUUCAUCAUCCAUGCUCUUUCAGCAGGGCGGCGUCGGAGCCAUGGCCCCUGCUUCACCUCGAGGAGGAGCUGACAAUGGAGAGGCCAAGAGCCCUGCAGUAGACAGCAACAUUGUUGCAGCCGCUGCCACUCCCAUUCCCUUAAGACAUGAAUGGGUCUUCUGGCAUGACAAGUUUGUUGCCAAUGCAACUCCUGCAGAGUACACAGAGAACCUUCGAGAGAUCGCUGAUGUCAACACUGUUCAGACUUUCUGGUCAGUAUACAACAAUAUCACAGGUCCCGAGCGUCUAACGAUGAGAUGCUCACUGCAUUUCAUUCACAAGGGUAUCAAGCCAUUGUGGGAAGAUCCCAAGAACGAGCACGGAGGCGCAUGGAACUUUAGGACAGCCAAGGCCGACACCGCCUUUGUGUGGCGUGAAUUGCUAAUGGCCUUGAUUGGAGAGCAAUUCGAGGAUACUAUUGCAAAGGGUGAUCAGAUCUUUGGACUGUCCGUGUCAGCGCGUUGGAACUCAGACAUCUUCCAAAUCUGGAAUAUGGAUUCCUCGUUGAAGGAUAAUGCUACAGUUAUGGAUAAGGUAGCUGAAAUCCUCAAAGACAUUCAGAUUCAAUCGCCAUUUUACAAAGCGCACAAGGACCAUGAUCAUUUCAAGAUGUAAAGCAAACCAAAUUGCUGUCACUUGUG